AUGGGCAGCAGCGGUGACGGCGGAGAGGUCAAGAGAGCAAGCUCAAUCUCGCCGUCAGACUCGGGCUCCAGCUCGGGCUCGGGCUCGGGCUCGGGCUCGGGCUCGGGCUCGGGCUCGGGCUCGGUCGUGGGCUUGGGCGGGGAGGAUGUGGAGUACGGCGUGCUGGAGUCCGAGGUGGUGGGCGUGAUGGCGGAGGAGGCUGUGAAGGUGUAUCAUCCGACGAAUUCGACCUUUCCGUGCGGGCAAUCAGGGUGUCGGCCAAAGACUCUGUCAUGUGUCUCGGGCAAGCAAGACGGUGUCAUCUGGGGCACCGUCCUCCUCAUCACCAUCCCGACCCUGGCGGUAGCUGUUGGUCCGAUCCCGGCCUUGAUGGUGCUACUGCCGGCCUUGGGCUACUUUGGAGCCGUCGUCCUAGUCUACGGCUAUCUGCUGACAAUGGCGGCGCUGAUCGCCACCGCAUGUACCGACCCGGGCAUUCUUCCGCGGUCGCGCAGGCCGGCCGAGGUGGGCACGGGUAUGGGUCACGCCCGCCUCAAGAUCGUGGGUGCUGCUCGCGAGGGCGAGACUCCGCUGCACCAUAACAUGACUUGGUGCCGGUCGUGCAGCGCGUACCGACCGCCACGGGCUUCGCAUUGCUCGCAGUGCAACAACUGCGUCGCCAAGUUUGACCACCACUGCCCAUGGGUCGGCAAUUGCGUCGGCGAGCGCAACUACAAGUUCUUUGUCACUUUUGUCACCUUAGUCGUCAUCAUGGCCGGCCUCGUCAUGCUUCCGCUGGCCAUCGCCGGUAUUCUGGUUGUUGCCAGCGCCAGCGAGGCCGAUCUGGACAAGCUCUGGCUGGUGCCGGGUGUCGUCUACGGCACGUCCGCAAUCUCAGCCUUUAUCAUCGUCAUGGGCUUCUUCCCGGUCCUCGGCCUCUGCUGCUACCACCGAGCGCUCAUUUGCCGCAACGAGACGACGAACGAGAGCAUCAAGGCCACGUUCUUCCGCACCAAUCCGUACCGCGCCUCGCGGACUGCCAACGUCCUCCGCACGCUCUGUAUCCAUCGCCCGGCCGCGAUCCCGUUCCACGACAUUGUCGAUCUCGAGGCACAGGACCUUGCCGCUGUGGCUCAUCACUCGGACAUGACCGUCGUCAAUCCCAAGGCUGUCCACUCCUCAGCCUCGCACUCGGACCCCUCGCCACGGACCCGUGCCCCACGCGCCGCCGGCAAGUCCCGACCCCGCCCCCGCUCGCGAUCCCGCUCUCGCUCACAAUCGCGCCCACGCCGCUCCAAGCGGCAACGCAGGUAGCACCCACCUCGCUGACAUGUUUGUGUGUGUGUGUGCAGCCAGGGCUUGGCGACAAUGUCUUGUAUCGCAGCAGGGAAACAACCAAUGUGUAGCCUUUACCCCGCCCUUACUCCCCAACUACCUACCGCAGCG